UAUCACCAAAGUGUAGAGAGGAAAAUAUUAUUGUCAAAUCAUAAAUAUUAAAUUGCAAAUACCGACAAAUUGAUUGCGAUAAUCGAGACAAUACAGAUAUUUAUUUCUCAUUAUAUAGUCCUCUAGUUUCAGUUCAUUGAGUUCUCUUAUCCCAGAGUUAAAAUGUCAAGUGCUGAUCGAAUUGAUUUCGAAAUGGAAGUGGAAGUAGAGAGUGCAUCUUCAGGUCCGCCGAUUGAAGUGCCUAACCCAACAUCCCCGGCGCCUACAACACCAGGCAGCAAUAAGAGUGUAGUAGUUACGACUGCUACAGCCGGUUCGGUGACCGUCUCUCUCCAUCCUUUAGUUAUUAUGAAUGUUUCAGAACAUUGGACACGACUUAAGGCACAGGAAGGCUUUCCUCAAACAGUUGUUGGAGCUUUAAUUGGGAAGCAAAAAGGUCGCAACAUUGAAGUAAUGAAUUCAUUUGAAUUAGUGUUCAGUAUGAUUGAUGGAGACAUUAUUAUAGAUAGAGAUUAUUAUAAUAUGAAAGAGGAACAAUUCAAACAAGUGUUUUCUGACAUGGAUUUCCUCGGAUGGUAUACAACUGGAGAUGCUCCCUCAGAACGUGACAUCGCAGUUCACAGACAGAUCUGUGACAUUAAUGAGUGUCCUGUGAUGUUGAUGUUGAAUCCGGCAGGCAGAAAUGGUGAUCAAUUACCGGUAGUUUUGUAUGAAUCAGUAAUUGAUGUGGUUAAUGGUCGCGCCACAAUGCUACUAGCACCUUUAACAUAUACAUUAGCCGCUGAAGAGGCUGAGAGAAUUGGAGUAGAUCAUGUUGCCAGAGUUUCAUCUGGAGAAGCUGCUCUCAAUAGUUUAGUUGCCGAACAUCUGACUGCACAAAGAUCAGCUAUAAAAAUGUUAGUUUCUCGUGUACGGGCCGUACUUGCGACAGUACGCGCUAUAAGGGAUGGUAAACUUCAGCCUCGACCGGCUUUACUAAGGGAGGCGCGUGCUCUCGCCAACAGAUUACCUCUGUUGACUUCACAGCAGUUCCGGACACAUUUCUAUAAUCAAUGCAACGAUGUAGCCCUAAUGACAUACUUAGGGACGAUCACGAAGGGCUGCAACGCUAUCAAUCAGCUUGUGAAUAGAUUCAACGUGCUCUACGACAGACAGGGCAUGGGAAGGCGCAUGCGAGGACUCUUCUUUUAGGGUGGACGUUAAUAAUAUAAAAGAAAUGUAACGAAUGACGUUAAUAACGGGUACCGUCUGCAAAAUAUAUUGUACAAUUGGUUUUGUAACUGCAAAUAUUGUGAAUAUUUUGCUUGAGGACCGUAAUAAUUAUGAACUGCACAUACGAAUUUGUGUUUCAAAAAACUCACAAAAGUGAAAACAUCUAGAAAUAUGGGUAUAGAAUUAUGUGGAAGACUGACUGGUUACCAAACAAAUUAACUUAUAUUUUUCAAAAUGAAAUAUCACAGUCUAGUAAACUUUCUGAAGAGUUAAAAUGGCAGCAUAAACUCCUUCAAGAAUAGACUUUUUUAACUUUGUUUCUAAAUUUACCUGUAUGAAAGAAAUAUGUUUGUUAUAAAAUCAUAAUUCUAGUUUGAAAUAUUUUUUUCCACUAAUUCUAUACCAAGUAAUAAAUAAUUUAUUUUUCUUCUGAUUUAAAAGUACUUUGAUAUAACUUCCACAUGUAAAAGGAGCCAAGGAAAGUAUUUGUAUGUUAUUUUUUUUCCUUAUUGUCCCUUACAGCCCUUAGACGUCCUUAUCCGAAAUUCCAUUCACUAGCCGAGCAAUUUGAGUCCUUAAAUUAUAUACUUUAAAAUUUAAUUCUAAAAACAUGAAAAACAAUAUUCAGUGUAUGCUUGUAAGCCUUGACCUUAAGAAAGAAUAAACGUAAAUUGUCAUAUAAUUACCUUUUUUUAAAUAAUUAAAUGUAUAAGUAAUAAA